GCGCUCUUUUCCACCAUGCAGGCUGCUCUCCUAUCGCUCCUCAUUGUCGCUAAUGCAGCCGGCGCGCAUACAGGCUACUCGUUCGACCCUCUGCGACACCUCGCUGGCAUCGCGCCCUACUUUGAGGAGCCGCAGCUCGACCCUAAGCCACCACAAGGUUGCAAUGUAACGCGUGCAUCGUACCUGAUCCGUCAUGCCGCAAUCUAUGCCAAUGAUUUCGACUACGAAGAGUACAUCGAACCCUUCACCGACAAGCUCAAGAACACGACGGCAGAUUGGCGAAGCGCAGGCCCCCUGGACUUUCUCGCUCGAUGGAAGACGCCCAUCUCCGACAGCGAGCUAGAGGACCUCACUGCGGUCGGGAGGCUCGAGUCGUAUAAGCUCGGUGUCGAUGUUCGCAUGCGCUACCCCAGCUUCAAGGACCCCAAACGUGUAUGGGCGUCGACAGCCGAGAGGACUGAACUUAGUGCAUCAUCCUUCAUUGACGGUCUCGUCGCUGAAAGCAACAACACGAAGCUUGUUCCUGUGCGCGAGGAUAAAGCACGGGGCGCCGAUUCCCUGACUCCAUACAAGGGAUGUCCAAAGUAUAGCUCUUCUUUUGGCAGUGAGCAAUCAUCGGAAUACCAAGAGAUUUACACCAAGCCUAUCAUCGAACGUCUACAGGCCUACGCCCCUAGCUUCAACUUCACCGCCGACGAUGUCGUAGCUAUGCAACAGCUGUGCGGAUACGAAACUGUCAUUAGAGGCGAUUCGCCCUUCUGCUCUCUCGACGUCUUUUCUCAGGACGAGUGGCUGUCGUUUGAGUACAUGAAUGAUAUCAUGUACUUUUACAACACUGGAUACGGAAGUCAGCAACUCGCUGGCGCGCUUGGCAUGCCGUGGCUAAACGCUUCUGCCCAAAUGCUGCUCUCCGACGACGCCGACCAGGAUCUCUACGUCUCUUUCACGCAUCGAGAGUUGCCCCCUACGGUCGCUGUUGCAAUGGGCCUGUUUAACAACAGUGCCUAUUCCGGAUCAAACGACGUCAAUGGCACCAUGCCGCUUGACAGACCAAACUACGGCCGGGCCUGGAAGUCAUCAAAGAUCCUGCCUUUCUUGUCCAACUUUGUCAUUGAGAAGAUGACAUGCGAUAGCUAUGGUUUCGAUGCAGGCGACUACUUCCGCGUCCUCGUCAACCGGGAUGCGCAGCAGAUGUCUUGCACUGAUGGACCAGGACAGAGCUGCUCAAAACCCGCAUUUGAGAAGUUCAUCCAGGAGAGGAGUGAGCUUUUCGGUGGCUAUACCGAGGAAUGUCAGCCAGAGUACACGAACUCUACUAAUAUUCUAAGCAUAUACGAUUAAAGUAAUCAGCCAAUUGGCUAAUAGUAACUUUUAAUUCAUCGAUUUAGCCUCUUUGAA